GCACCCGCUGGUCCUCUUGCUGGUCACGUCGCGCCCGGCUCCGGCCCGCGUCCCACUCUCCGGCCCCAUCAUGCUGUCUCUAGACUUUUUGGACGACGUGCGGCGGAUGAACAAGCGGCAGCUGUAUUAUCAAGUCCUAAACUUUGGAAUGAUUGUCUCCUCAGCACUAAUGAUCUGGAAGGGGUUAAUGGUAAUAACUGGAAGUGAAAGUCCAAUUGUAGUGGUGCUCAGUGGCAGCAUGGAGCCCGCGUUUCAUCGAGGAGAUCUCCUGUUUCUAACAAAUCGCGUUGACGACCCCAUAAGAGUCGGAGAAAUUGUUGUUUUUAGGAUAGAAGGAAGAGAGAUUCCUAUAGUUCACCGGGUCUUGAAAAUUCAUGAAAAGCAAAAUGGACAUAUCAAGUUUUUGACCAAAGGCGAUAAUAAUGCAGUUGAUGACCGAGGCCUCUAUAAACAAGGACAGCAUUGGCUGGAGAAAAAAGAUGUCGUGGGACGAGCACGAGGGUUUGUUCCUUACAUUGGAAUUGUGACAAUCCUUAUGAACGACUAUCCUAAAUUUAAGUAUGCCGUCCUCUUUUUACUGGGUUUAUUUGUGCUGGUGCACCGUGAGUAAGAAGUCUGCCUUGCUGUUUCCUGGGAAGAUGCCGUACUUUUUGUUACUGAGUGUUUGGAACAGCUGUUGGUCUGUGAUUGGUGGAAUGAAGAACAAACGUCUUGCCCUUGUUGGUCGUACUGGUUUGCAUUAGCUGUGUUUCCACACCGAGGAUGUGUGGGCGGGCACAUGUGCACCUCGGAGUGCACUCCUGGGGACUUCAGUCACAGAACUUCAGAUGUUGUCAUUGUCACACUUUCACAUUUUUGUACAUCAGUGAAUUUUUUAUAUUAAAAGGUUGAGCCAAAGCCCCCAAGUGUUUGUAUUUUGAAGCCAGGCUCCACUUCUAAAGUGCCUCCAGAGUUCUGUGGCUGAAAACGCAGCUCUGCACGAGCGUGAAGCCGCCAUUCCCCCUUACCACAGGGCCGGCCUCUACUGAGGUGUCACAAGUCUUACUUUUUCAAAAUUUUGAAUAAAAGACUUUGCACAUUUGAA